UUGGGAGCUGCACGGCGCAGGCGCGGAGGCGUGGGGGGUGGUCGCGCGGGAGCCGGCGCGGAGAGGGGAGAGGAGGAGGAGCUUCUGCGCGUCACUUCCGGCGCUGUCCCCGUGGCGGUCGGUGUGGCCGCGCCGGUCUGCUCCGCCCCCCCCCCCCCCCCCCCCCCCGCCAUGCAGCGCCGCGACGACCCCGCCACUCGCCUGGGCCGCGGGCCUGGCCCCGGCGGAGCCCGGCAAGGGGGUACCCCGCCGCGGCGGCCGCCUCGAGGCGGGGGGGGCCGCGGGGCCGGUAGCGGGGCGCAGCCGCCGCCGCCGCUCCUGCAGCCCAAUGCCGCUGCGGCCGGCGCCUCGGCCGCACAGGUCCCCGCCGCCGGUACCCCCACCCCGCUGCUGUCCGGCGGCGCUGCCAAGAUGGAGCCCGAGAACAAGUAUCUGCCUGAGCUAAUGGCCGAGAAGGACAGCCUGGACCCGUCCUUCACGCAUGCUAUGCAGCUCCUCACCGCAGAAAUUGAAAAAAUUCAGAAGGGUGAAACAACAAAGAAGGAUGAGGAGGAGAACUACCUGGAUUUAUUUUCCCACAAGAAUAUGAAACUGAAAGAACGAGUUCUGAUACCUGUCAAACAGUACCCCAAGUUCAACUUUGUUGGAAAGAUUUUGGGACCUCAAGGCAAUACCAUCAAGAGGCUUCAGGAGGAAACUGGUGCUAAAAUAUCUGUCCUAGGGAAGGGUUCAAUGAGAGAUAAAGCAAAGGAGGAAGAACUGCGUAAAGGGGGAGAUCCUAAAUAUGCUCAUCUAAAUAUGGAUUUGCAUGUCUUCAUUGAGGUUUUUGGCCCCCCCUGCGAAGCAUAUGCUCUGAUGGCUCACGCCAUGGAAGAAGUCAAGAAGUUCCUUGUUCCCGAUAUGAUGGAUGAUAUCUGUCAGGAGCAAUUCUUGGAGCUCUCCUAUCUGAAUGGUGUACCAGACCCAGCUCGAGGCCGGGGAGUCCCUGUGCGGGGAAGGGGAGCAGCUCCACCACCGCCUCCGCCUGUCCCAAGGGGACGUGGGGUUGGUCCCCCCCCCCCUCCUCCUCCUCCUCCUCGGGGGGCCCUUGUGCGAGGAGCCCCGGUGCGAGGUGCCAUUGCCCGGGGAGCUGCUGUAGCCCGCGGGGUGCCUCCCCCCCCAGCAGUACGGGGGGCUCCUGCACCCAGAGCACGAGCAGCCGGCAUUCAGAGAAUACCGCUUCCUCCUCCUCCUCCUCCCGCACCAGAAGCCUAUGAGGAAUAUGGCUAUGAUGAUGCGUACGCAGACCAGAGCUAUGAGGGGUAUGAAGGCUACUACAGCCAGGGCCAAGGGGACACAGAAUACUAUGAUUAUGGACACGGGGAGGCGCAGGAAACCUAUGAAGCUUAUGGGCAAGAUGACUGGAAUGGAACCAGGCCCUCCCUGAAGGCCCCGCCGGCCAGGCCAGUGAAGGGGGCCUACAGAGAGCACCCAUACGGACGUUAUUAGAAAACAAACAUGAGGGAAAAAUAUCAGUUAUGAGCAAACAGUUGUUACUGAUUCUUGUAUCUCCCGGGAUUCCCGUUGCUUUACCCACACCAGACAAGUAAUUGUCUAACUGUUUUUCUUCGUGGCCCUUUUUCUCCCACUCCAUCCUCACCCUGCAUUCUGGCUUCUGUACGUAGUAUUUUAAAAUGAGUUAAAUAGAUUUAGAGGCGCGACUUUAAUUUUCUUUUGUUUUGUCCUUUUUUCAGUGUGUAGGUGGCUUUUCUUUCUUUGUUGUUUAGAUAAAACACAAACUGUACCUUUUUUUAAGAAAAAAAAGAAAAAAGUUGAGUUAAAAAUGUUAGUUUCAGAAGUGACAUGCUUUGCUUAGCAGUUAAUGAAAUUAAGGUUUUGUUAACCUCUUAAGUUUGGUUUUAAGGAACCCAUAAAAGUUGUAGUUGCAGAAUCCCAAAGUAGGCUACAUUUCAAAAUUCAGGGCUGUUUUUAAGAACUAAUAUCAUAAUGUAAUGGUAGUAGCUGCCACCCUUUAAAAGUAAGCUCAGAUGUCAAACUUUGAUUAAAAGCAGAUUGCUGGUGAAUCCUAGGUUUAAAUUUUAAUAUAAAGGAUCCUCAAAAAAAUUAAAUAGCUGUGGGAUUUUUUUUUUUUUGGGGGGGGUGGGGGGUGGUGGUGUUUCUUUGUUUCUUUGUUUCUUUGUUUUUAAAAGGUAAUUGACUUAGAAACAAAAAACCAAAACACCAACCCAAUCAAAUUAGGUUUGUAAAAUUGACUUUUCUUAUGUGGGUUUUGAAAUCUAGCCCCGAACAUGCGGUGUUGAGAGAUGCUUGGGAAGCAGAUUUUUCAGUGUAAAGGGGUUCUUCUUUAGCUUCUGUAUGAAGAACUUUGAAGGGAAAACCAAAUUAAAGCAUGGCUUUAGUUACUCAGUGUUUGAUAUUAGAAAACAGAGUAAAAUUGCAGUUUUAUUUCUCUAGUUCUUCGGGCAGAUAAAUCGGCUCUAGUUUAAAACCGACAUAAGUGUUGAUGUUAGCAAUCCAUUGACUUGUUCAAGUGUAUCUAUCUCAAUGCUAGCUUUGCCUAAAAAGGGACACUGCAGCUGAAAAAAAAAAAAAUGAGGAAAAAACUUCACUUUGUACAUAGGAUAAAGUCCUAAUUGGAUUUGUACACUGUCCUCCCACUCUGUUCCUGAAGAUUAAAUGCUACAUGUGUAAGUCUGCCUAACUAGGUAGCUAAAACUUGUCAAAAUGUCUGCCUCAGUUUGUCAAUAAAGUUUAGUCCUUUUUUAAUCAAAGUAAAUGUGAUGAAUUGUCAUUUUUUUGGUUGAGAGCUAAAAUAGCUAUAUAUAUUUUUCCAUUCAAAUAAAUUUAAAUUAACACUAAAGCUAAUUGUCUUUUUAAAACCUGGAGACAUCCUAAAACACGGUGGUUUGUGUAAUUCUCACAAAAAAAGCUUAUCAAGCUUAUUGAAUGAGCUUCAGUUAAAAAAAAAAAAAAUAGAAAAAGAAAAGCAAAUUUGUUUUUCACCCCCUGGAAGUUGUUGCAGUCAGUUGGAUUCUGGGCUAUGGCAGGAAUCUCUCUUCAGGAAAGUGGUCAUGGUUCUUUGCUGAAUUACCAAUUCAGAUUUCAGGUGGCCUCACCAGGCUGGUCCAUGCUGCAGACUCCAGAUUGAGUCUGAAAUGGCUGGUUUAAAUGCAGCAUGACAAAA